AAAAAUAAUUUUUACCACAAAUAGGAAUCACAUUGUGAUAAUCUUAGAGCCUAAACAAUUACCCAAAACUGUGACUUUCAAGUUUCACGACCUACGAAGCAGCAACAAAUGACAUGUGAAAAUAUAUGAUCUACCGAAUUUAGAUAUUCCUUUCCUUUACUGCUACGUCUACUAAGCAUUAUGUGGGAAUCAUUAACUUAAAAAACAUAUAUAUAUUUAUAAAAGUAAAAUGUGAAUAAAAAGAGUCGGGUAAUUUUUUUUCACCAUCCAACCAACCAUUUGUAGCUCCCAAACCCUUGGAGGUCAAUUCCUGUCUCCACAGACUUGUCUAUGCUCCCUCCCACGUACCAGACAACUUGUGGAAAAAGAAUAGCCUCGAAAAUUUCACCCAACAAUGCUAUUGCUGUAUAUAACACUCGCCCUCUCCCUGUGUUUCAGUUUCAGUUUCAGCUCCCAUCCAUGGCUCCCGACGGAGAAGGCAGCAUCAGCUCCGCCGCAAAGGAGGAGGAGGAACUCACCCUCUCCCACCGCCGCCAUUGGCUCUCCAUGUUGGACGACACUGAUGCCAGCAGAUGGGUCAUUUCCUUCUCCGACGAAAUCAAAUACCACAAAAGAUCCAAACUUGAACCUACUGAUCAUCACGAUGCUGGUGGAACUGGAAGCAGUAGCCUCACCCUCAGCCGCAGCGGCAGCUCAGACAGCUUGACCACUGGCUUGGGCUUCCGCGCCCACAUCUGGACUUACAAUCAGCGCUACUUGGCCGCCGAGGCUGUGGAGGAAGCCGCCGCCGCCAUCAUCAAUGCGGAGGAGACCGCCGCCGAGGACGACGCUAGCGCCGACGGGAUGAGGCUGUUACAGCUUCUAGUUGCCUGCGCCGAGGCUGUGGCUUGCCGUGACAGGGCUCAAGCUUCAAUUCUUCUAUCUCAGCUUCGUGCCAGUGCCUUGGUCUUCGGCUCUUCCUUCCAGCGAGUUGCGUCCUGUUUUGUGCAGGGCCUCGCGGACCGCCUCGCUCUGGUUCAGCCACUUGGGUAUGUUGGGUUCGGCCUGCCCAUCAUCGCCCGAGCCGACCAUUCCUCAGAGAGGAAGAAAAAGGAAGAGGCUUUGAAUCUCGUCUAUGAGAUAUACCCACAUAUCCAAUUUGGGCAUUUUGUGGCCAAUUCUUCAAUAUUGGAAGUCUUUGAGGGAGAGAAUUCUGUCCAUGUGGUGGAUUUGGGGAUGGCUUUUGGUUUGCCGUACGGCCACCAAUGGCGCAGCCUCAUCGAGAGCCUCGCCGAGAUCGAGCCUCCUCGCCGGCUCCGAGUCACCGGCAUUGGCCUCUCUGUUAACAGAUACAGAGUCAUGGGGGAGAAGCUGAAAUCUCAGGCAGAAGGGGUUGGGAUUCAGGUGGAGAUCACGGUGGUGGAGGGGAAUUUAGAAAAUCUACGCCCUCAAGACAUAAAUCUCCACGAGGGUGAAGCUCUGGUCAUCGCCAGCAUUUUUCAGAUGCAUUGUGUGGUUAAAGAAAGCAGAGGAGCUCUAACCUCUGUUCUGCGCAUGAUUUAUGAGCUUUCCCCCAAGGCUCUGGUUCUGGUCGAGCAAGAUUCAAAUCACAAUGGACCCUUUUUUCUUGGGAGGUUUAUGGAGGCUCUGCACUAUUACUCAGCCAUAUUCGACUCUUUGGACGCCAUGUUGCCCAAAUAUGACACCAGAAGAGCCAAGAUCGAGCAAUUCUAUUUUGCAGAGGAGAUAAAGAACAUAGUGAGCUGCGAGGGGAUGGCGAGGGUGGAGAGGCAUGAGCGGGUGGAUCAAUGGCGGCGGAGGAUGAGCAGAGCAGGGUUUCAAGCUGCGCCCACUAAAAUGAUGGCUCAGGCAAAACAGUGGAUUGGGAAGUUUAAGGCUAAUGAAGGCUACACUGUUGUGGAAGAAAAGGGGUGUUUGGUUCUUGGUUGGAAGUCCAAGCCAAUUGUUGCAGCCUCUUGUUGGAAAUGCUAAACAAAGUUCUAAUGUCGCUGUCCAAUUAGUUCUCAACGAGGAAAAUUAAUGAAAGGGAACUCUGUUUUUUGAUUUUAUGUCUCUGUUCUUUGCAUUUGCCAGCAGCCAUGUUUGUUUCUUAAAUAACCAAAUUCGGGAAUGAAUUUGGUGGAAACAUGGAGCUUUUCUUUUAACAAGUCUUUUGAAAUUAUGGGUGUGAGUGUUUGACACUCUCUGUUCAUCGAACAGAGAUGGGAAUAAAGAAGUUCAAGUGUCUGA